AUGAGCGGCUGCUACAACGGCUUGCAAGCGAUCAUCAAGGAAAAAGUUGGAAAGCAUGUUGCUUUUGUCCACUGUUAUGCGCAUAUGCUUAAUCUUGUUUUGUCCGACUCUGCAAGUGUUGAUGUUCAAGUAAUAAGCUUCUUCAAUGACCUCGAAGCCUUGUACGUUCUCUUUAGCAAGACACAAAGAAUCCAUGAUUUGUUCGAAGCUGUCCAACUGGAAGAGAAUCUGAAAGUCCUUUCCCUAAAGAGACUUAAUACUGUUCGUUGGCAUUCUCGCGAGUUGUGUCUAAAGGUCCUUCUCUCUCGUUAUGACCGCAUUUUAAGUGUCCUGGAAACCGUUGCGUUGGACAGUUUAAUUAAUGGAAACCCACGAAAAACGAGCAUUGGCUUAUUGAAGCAGAUUCAAACAAAGCAGUUCCUGGCUACCGCGUACCUCUUUCGAGAAAUAUUUGCAUCCACUGGUCCGCUAAGCCGAUAUUUACAACGCGUUGAUGUUGAUUUUGGAAAAGUCCUGGGUAUGGUCGAAAGCGCGAUUGACGAGCUCAAUGAAUUGCGUAAAGAACCGGAGCUAAUUAUCAGAUACGUUGAGCAAAAACACGACUCCCCCAGCGCCCAGCGUGACUUGGCAACAACCAAAAAUCAGACGUCGAAGACGAAUGGAUGA